AUGGAUUCAUAUUUUAAUUUAAUUGUCAGAUUCUCCAAUUUUAUGGGAUAUGACAUUUCUAACAAGUUCCAGUCAAACCCAAUCAUCAGGAUUGUUCUGUUGAUUUACAAGACUUUAGUCUUCAUUCUAUUACUGCUUGUUGUUUUACAAAGUUUUUCAAAUGCAUUUAUGAAGAGCUUUAAGACAUUUAAUGACUUGAAAUCAGCUAUGUCUGCAAUUUUUGGAAUUAGAGGCUUGCUGAUGAACAUUUACCUGAUUAUAAAUUUUAACAAAUGUGCGAAGUUAAUGGAAAGAAUGAAAAAAUCAGACAUUCUGACUAAGGAACAUGAAAAGAAUCAAGCGUUAUUUAAAACAGCAAAAAGAGUUGGAUUGUCAAUUUUUAUAUGCAAUAUUGUAUCAAUUUGGUCUUAUUCUAUUGGUGGAUAUAUAGAGAUCAUCAAGAGUCUUUUUACAGGUCAACAACCAAAUCCAGAAGUUGUGUUUAUUUACGAAAUAUUUUGGCCAUUUGAUCCAUCUGACUAUCUCCCAUGGACACUCUACUGGUUUUCGUUUGCUUUACAUUAUUGGCAAUGGUCUUGUGUUCUUGUAAACUUUGUGAUCUUAUACAUUACAGUUUAUUUGACUGGAUCUUUCAACAAUCUUCAAACAGAACUUGAAGAAAUCAUUAAUGGAAGUGACAUUAGAUCAGUGAAUGGGACAAAAGAUAUGAUUAGAAAUUUUAUUGACAGACACAAUGAAGCUACAAGAUAUGCUGAAGAAUUAAAAUCAUUAGCAGGGUUUCCGAUUAUCAUUUUUAUUGGAGAAGCUUCAUUAAUGAUUUGCUUUCUUGGAUUUAGUGUUCUUGUUGCUGAUGCUUCAAUGAUGAUGAUCUCUAUAAUUGCUUUAUGCAAUCAUUUAGUGGAUAUAUUUAUCAUAUUUUGGGCAAGUGACAUCCUUAAGGAGUCGAGUCUAGGAAUUAUGGACACAAUUAGUUUAUCUAGUUAUUACAAACUUGAUAAAACAUUGAAAAAGCAAUUGAUUUUAAUAAUGAUAGCAGCAAAGAAGCCCAAAAAACUCUCAGGAUUAGGAUUUUUUGAUUUAGAGCUUGAGAAGUACACAACGGAUCAUGAUCGAAAUCAAAAGCUUUUCAAAAAUGGGAAAAACAUGGCAAUUUAUGUGUUUGUAGCCAACAUUAUAUCAACUUGGACAUACAGUAUAAGCGGAUAUAUUGAGAUAAUUUCCUGCUUGUUUACUGGAAGAGACCCAAAUCCGGCACUUGUUUUUACAUAUGAACUGUAUUGGCCAUUUAAUCCCUCGAACUACCUUCCAUGGACACUGUUUUGGUUCUCGUUUGCAUCUAUUUAUUGGAUUUGGUCGAGUGGUCUUGUGAAUCUUGUGAUUUUAUACAUUUCUGUCUAUAUUACUGGAUGCUUUAACAAUCUUCAAGCUGAAAUCAUAGAAAUUGUCAAUGGAUGUGAAUCUAGAUCAGCAAGUGAUACAAGAAAAAUGUUUAAACAUUUUAUUGACAGACAUAACGAAAUAACGAGUUGCAUGGAUGAUUUAAUAUCUUUCGCUGGAUUUCCGAUUAUAAUUUUUAUUGGACAAGCAUCUAUAAUGAUCUGUUUUCUUGGAAUGUAUGCGAUUAUGGGAGACAUUUCAAUUUUAUUCGUGUCUGGAAUUGGUAUGGUUAUGCAUUUGUUGGAUAUAUUUACAGUAUUUUGGGCUGGUGAUAUUCUUAAUGAAUCAACUUUAGGUGUCAUGGAUGCGAUUGGUUCAUCUGAUUUCUACAAACUGGACAAUUGCUUCAAAAAACAACUAAUACUCAUAUUGAAAAUGGCUACUAAACCUAAGAAAUUAUCGGGAUUAGGAUUUUUCGAAUUGGAGCUUGAAAAAUUUACAACAGUCAUAUCUUCUGCAUAUUCUUAUUUUACAUUGAUUAAGCAAUUUUAUUAG